UUUUUUUUUUCGGUGCCCUUACCGUCGGACGGAGUUUUACCCGCUGGGAUGGGUUCUGGAUCUGACUGAAAAUAAUAGUACCCCCGGACUGCUUAUCGUGAACAACACUCGACAUCGCAUUCAAUCUUUAGCCGACCAACCGCUCGCCAGCUUCAAACCCAUCAAUCAGUCAGUCAGUCAGUCAAUCAAUCAAUCAAUCAUGGCGCCAUCACCGUUCGCAAUCGGGGCUGCGAAGCCAAACCUCUCCUCAAACGACUCCAAAGUCCUCCAGGCCCUCUUUGACGCGGAGUCGUCGCCGUCCCCGGCAUCUUCAGCGGCUCAGACCGACGCUUCGCUCCCUGCGCUCCCACACAUCCCUACAGCUGACCUUCCUGCCCUCCAAGAGCGCGAAGUCCAAGCGAUCCGUCGGCUGCAGACCUCGGAUGCCUCUCCCUCCGUCGAAGCCAUCAAGACCGCCAUCUCCGAACUCUCAGACAUAAUCAAGGACUACCCCAAAUACGCCUCUGCCUACGUGAAUCGUGCACAAGCGUACCGUCUGCUCAUCGACGCGGAAGCCACAGAAGCCUCCUCCGCCACCUCCUGCUCUUCAUCUUCAUCCACACCCACGCCGGCCGCACAUGUCUUCUCCGACCUCGCCGAAGCCAUCACCCUCUUAACCCCAAACACCCCGAUAUCGCCCGUCUCCCCGCUCCAAUCACGCAUCCUCGCAAACGCACACACCCACCGCGCCUACAUCCUCUACAAAGCCGCGCGUACUGAGCCAGAAGCCCGCAACAGCCUCCUCCCCACGACGCUACACGAUGCAAACAGCGACCGGCUAGAAGAGAUGGCAAGCUAUGACUUCCAGGCUGGCGGGAGAUACGGCAACCCGGUCGCGAAGCAGAUGGCAGUGCACACGAAUCCAUACGCGAAGAUGUGCGGCGCGAUCGUCAAGGACGCGAUGAAAGCCGAGAUCAAGCAGUGGGCGGAGUCAAAGUAGCUUUAUUGCUUCUCUAUCUCUCUUUUUGUUUCUUUUCCUUUAUCUUUACCUUUUUUUUUUUCUAUUAUUAUUAUUUCAUUGUAUGGUGUAUUUCCUGGCCUCUUUAUUUGAUAUAUGUCAUACCCCUAGAGGGUUCUUCCUUUAUUUAUGUUACGUAGCGGCUAUUUCAUAUUUUGUACCGAGUAUUUUGUUUCUAUAUAAUGAUUGAUACGAUGAAUAUAUACAUACCUAGAC